AUGUGGCCAGCCAGGAGAAUUCUUAAAUAUGCUGCUGUAGGUGGAUCAUUAACAGCCACAGCGUUUUCAUUGCAUGCCAAUGAGUAUAACAUUGAUUCCAUUGGAGUAGUCCGGUUAAGUAGAGCUGCUGCCGCAGUUCUUAAAAUAUCUUAUGUUUACAAAACAGAGCUUUACUCUAGUAAUUUACCCCAAGAUUCUCCAGAAUUUUUAAAAUUAAAAUCUGUGGUUCACAAAAAGGCGGCAGAAAAUCUGCUGGAACUGUGUUGUGCUAAUCGAGGAGUGUUUGUAAAAGUUGGUCAACACAUUGGAGCUCUUGAAUACAUCUUGCCUCAUGAAUAUGUUGAAACAAUGAAAGUUUUACACAGUCAAGCUCCAACGUCUUCUUUUAAAGAAAUACAAAAGGUGCUCCGUCAAGAUUUGAAAUGUGAUCCAGAUGACAUUUUUGAUGACUUUUCACCAACACCUCUUGGAGCAGCCUCUCUAGCACAAGUUCAUAAAGCCAAGUUAAAAGAUGGAACUACAGUUGCAGUCAAGGUGCAACACCCCUUUAUCAAAGGAAACUCUACAGUCGAUAUGAAAACAAUGGAAGCCCUAGUGAAGGUUGUUGAAUGGGUAUUUCCAGACUUCCGUUUUCAAUGGUUGGUCACAGAAAUGAAACGCAAUAUACCCAUGGAACUAAACUUCUUACAAGAAGCAGAAAAUGCUGAAAAAGCAGCUACUAUGUUCAAACAUUUUCCCUGGCUAAAAGUACCGAAAGUUUAUUGGAACCUAAGCAAUCACCGUGUUUUGACCAUGGAAUACGUUGAGGGUGGCCAAGUUAAUGAUCUGCCAUAUAUUAAAGCCAAUAAAAUUGAUCCAUAUGAGGUUUCUCAUAAACUGGGAUGCCUAUACUCGCAGAUGAUUUUUGGUGAAGGGUUUGUUCAUAGUGAUCCCCAUCCAGGCAACAUUUUGGUAAAGAAGAAUGUGAAAAAUAAUAAAGUUGAGGUGAUUCUUCUGGAUCACGGAUUGUAUGCAGACCUCACCAACAACUUUCGUUGGGAAUAUUCGAAACUGUGGCUUAGUAUUUUGAACAGUGACAUGGAAGGAAUGAAGAGUCACAGUAACAAUCUUGGAGUUGGUGAGAUGUGGCCAUUGUUUGCGUGUAUGGUCAGUGGCCGCACUUGGGACACCAUCAUGUCAGGUGUUGAUAGAGUGAAUUUCACAGAUAAUGAAAAGAAUGAGUUUCAGAAAGAGAUUCCUAAGUACCUGCCCCAAAUAACAGGGGUUCUUCAAGAUGUUGAUAGGCAAAUGCUUCUAAUUUUCCGCACCAAUGAUUUGAUGCGUGGCAUUGAGCAUACCCUUAAGACACAUGCCAGAAUGUCCUCGUUCCUUGUAAUGUCCCGAUGGUGCGUACGUAGUGUCUUCAGUGAGCAACUGAAAGAUUGCAAAGUCAAAAUGAAACGUUGGUAUUUGCAUGCUGCACAGCAAUGGACCCUUCUAAAAAUAUCACUGUACUAUGCCUUUCUAAGCAUACGCAGCUUAUCUCUUUCUUCAAUGUGGCAAGUAAUGACUUCCUGAAGUACUUCAGCCAGUACUGUGUACUUUGUUUCACCGCACAAGUUGAUGAAUGUCACAUUCCUGUCCUGGUAAAAUUCCUUAGAGGUGAAAAAAAAAAUGUUGAUAUGAAUUUUUGGCAGGGAUUGUUGUUUUACCUCAAACAUGGAGCUAUGAGGGAAUCGUACACUUUAAAAUGUUUCUAUUUUGUUACUUUCUAUUUGUACCAAAGAUGUAAUGUGAUUGAAUUUUCCUCUGUUAAGGAAUGAAAAAGCCAGCUACUAGUUCUUAAUCUCCAGGGUUAGAUUUAUAUGUAAAGUGCUUACCAGUGAGUAAGAUAUAUUUUUUUAAACCAAAUAUUCCACAUUAUUUAUUUUUA